CAGACGGAGAGCCCAUCAAGCUGCCCGAAAACCUGGAAAGUUUACCCCGAGCUGACCACUUUCCCACGCAGCGUCACCGCUGGAAUACGAAUGAGGAAAUCGCAGCCAUUCUUAUCAGCUUCGAUCGGCACGCGGAAUGGCAGAGCAAGGAGGUCAAGAUCAGGCCCAAGAGUGGUUCGAUGUUGUUAUACAGCAGAAAAAAGGUUCGUUAUCGCAGGGACGGAUAUUGUUGGAAAAAGAGGAAAGACGGAAAAACUACCAGAGAAGACCAUAUGAAGCUGAAGGUUCAAGGGACAGAGUGCAUAUAUGGAUGUUAUGUUCACUCGGCAAUUUUACCAACAUUUCAUCGAAGAUGUUAUUGGCUUCUUCAGAAUCCCGACAUCGUUUUAGUCCACUAUCUGAACGUUCCCUAUCCGGAUGACAACAAGUUGGCCGUCAUAACCCCAAGUCUUGCUCUUUGGGCGGACAAAAAGGAAUGGACGAAGGACGAAUUAGUUUCCCAACUGAAGCCAAUGUUUUUCAGCGAAGAUGAACCCGAUAUCAAUAAUGAACUGGAAAUAUCGGCUUUCAAAUUACAGACGGCAGAAACAGUAGAAGCGAUAGUGAGUCAACUAAUGGAGAAGCAGCGUGUCGCCAGGCAAGCCGCGUUGGUCAAACAAUUGGAAUGCGGAUGCCCUGACUCUACUUGUGCGGACGGUAAGAGCUGUUCGCACCCUAUGAGAAGGAUAACCGCAGCAAAAGAGAUAGCCAACUCUCCCUUGGCAAGCUCCAGCUCCAACUCGCGACCUCCCAGCAACUCCGACAACAACAAUCAGGUUUCCUCAACGACCGGAACUGGAUCCAUGUUGCUCACCAACAACAACACGCCCAGGGUUUAUUCCAGGGACUCAAGAAACCACCAACCACCCCAAAAUAACAGUAAUUGUUCCUCCAGUUCUGGCAACACUCCGCCGCUUGUUUUGAGUCUCUCACAGAUCCAGGGCGGCGGUGGAUUACUCAUUCUCAACAGUAAUUCUAGCAACAAUUCUAGUCACCAAAACUUAGGUAAUCCCGUAUCAGUAGCAAAUUUUGUUUGCAACACGAACAGAAGUAUUGCUAAAGACAGAUCUAGUCAUCUCGUACUCAAGCAAGAGGUCAUGGAUACUAAUCCUUCUUCUUGCCUGCAUUCAUCCAAACAGAAUUCCAAAUCUGGGCAGAGGGAAAUGAAAAUGGAACUCAGUGAAAACCACAGGCAAUCAAUUUUCAAUGAUGGAUCUAUGUAUGGUAGUUCGACACCGAGACCGAGAUUUUUUUACAGAAAUCAUCAACAACAAACUGAGGUGAUAAUGUCCAGUGCUCCGUCGACCCCUUCGAAGCACAUGGACACCAGCCAAGAAGAAACCAUCGACGACUAUAAACAUCAAAACUUUUGCGGCGAAACGGUAGUUCUUCUAGGAACGGAUUCCAGCGGCUCGUUAGUCAGCAAAAGUGACGGUUCUUCCAUUAUAAACGGAGGGUUCUUUAACGAAACCUUGGACUUGUCCCAAGAGGACAUUCAAAGGACCCUUUCUGCCAAUAUGCCCCUGUGUUCAUCCGAACUAGAUACUCAUCAACGACAUAAUUCCGAAUCAAACAAUGCCGGUCAUCAGAACAAGGUGCAGUCCCAACAGCAAAAUCUUACCACCGAGAUCAAUCCAAUGGAUUUCAUUGACAGUUGCGACGUGGUAGUUUCACCGACCAACGUGGUCGACGAUGAUGUUUUCGUCAAUUUAGAUGCGUUCGAUAUGCUUGGCGAAUUUCCAGACCUAGAAGCGUUAGAUUCCAGCCACGCUGGACUUCUCGACGUCAAUCCGUCCGAAGGUAGAGGUAACACCAAAGCACACAAUGAACACCAGCAGCAAAACCAUUCCUUGGAGGGGUCGGCGAAGAUCACCGACUAUUCUCCAGAAUGGGCGUAUCCAGAAGGAGGCGUGAAAGUUUUGGUUACUGGACCGUGGCAUUCAUCUGGACCUUACACAGUACUUUUUGAUACAUUCCCUGUACCCACUACUUUAGUACAAAGUGGUGUCUUACGUUGUUAUUGUCCAGCUCACGAGGCUGGAUUAGCAACUUUGCAAGUAGCAUGCGAUGGCUAUGUGAUUUCCAACUCUGUGAUAUUUGAGUAUAAGCUCCCACCUAGAGAAGAGCAUGUGGCUACCCAAGAACCUAAAGUAGAAAGAUGCAACGACAAUUUACUUAAGUUCACUUUGCUUCAAAGACUCGAAGCAAUGGACGAUAGACUUCAAAUCAAACAAGAGCCAACAGAUGGCGAUGUGGUUGAAGACACGGCUCUUUUUGGACAACCGAAUUUUGAAGACAGGCUAGUUAACUUUUGUCAAAAUAUGACUUCUCGAAUAUGGAGACAAGGAGAAGAAUUGAGUGUCUCUUGGUUUGCUAGCCAUAGGGGAAUGACACUCUUACAUCUUGCGGCUUCCUUGGGAUACUCACGUUUAGUGUGUGCCAUGCUUCACUGGAGGGCGGAAAAUUCUUCGUUACUAUUAGAAACUGAAGUAGAUGCUCUCAGUCAGGACGAAGAUGGAUUCACGGCAUUGAUGUGGGCAUGCGCUAGAGGACACACAGAAACAGCAGUGAUGCUUUACAAAUGGAACCACAUGGCUUUGAGUAUGAGGAAUUCAACGAAUCAAACGGCGUUAGAAUGUGCUCGAAUAAAUAAUCAUGUGGAUCUAGUGAAGGAACUGGAAAAACUGGAAUUACGAAGGGAUAAAGCAAACAUGCUUUUACAAUCUAGUCAGUCUUCCACAGAUGCAGCUCCUUCCCCGAAUGUUAUAUCACCUGCAAGUUCUGUAGCUUCUCUAAAUUCCAUAGCUUCAACUAGUAAAUCCCAUGAUGGAGUCUUCUUGAGACCAGGGGCUGUCACAAGGAGUGAAGCAAGUAAAUACAAAAUACUGAAUGUAGAUUUAGAUUCCGACUACAAUAAUAAAUUUAUCAUGUCUUCUCCAAGUCCUUUGUUAUCUGAUUUCUCAUCAAGUACCAGAGGUAGUAAUGGGCAGAAAUUGAUCAAAAGACCAUCAAUUGAUAGUGGAAUUCACAUGUCCUGUGGACCUGCUGCAGAGAGUUACAGGCCUAAGAGUUCCAAAGUAUACAAUGUUCGGGAAACACCAAAGUUGUCUAAGUUCGACCGAAGUAUGUCGCUACCACUUCAGUCAUCCAUAGUAAGGGAUAGUUCUACUGACGGCGAUGGUACAGACUUCCACAGGAAAAUGGAUUUCGCACUAUGCGAGAUAGGAAGUGGCCCAAGAAGCAGUAGUCCCCUGAUAGAUGUAGAAGCCGUCUCGGACGAUGAAAGUGAGCUUCCCAACAGUACUGUAGGGGAACAAGAUGCACGAGUAUUGACAUUGGCAGAACAAAUUAUUGCUGCCAUGCCAGAUAGAAUAAAGAAUGAAAGUGAAGAGAUGAUGCUAGACAAAAGCCCUGGUGUUCCAACUAGUUUACAAACCAGUGAUACACUAUCAGAUAUAUUUAUGGAACCGUUGUUAGACCAUCAAUCAUCUUCCAGCUUUGAAUCAACAGAAUUCAAUUUUGAAUUCUCUGAUAAUAAUUAUAGAUACUAUGAUGUUGGUACACCUUGUUCGAGUUUGAGCCCAGCUUCUUCCAGUUGUUUACCAUCUCCCUGUUCUUUCACGUUGGACUCUCCAUCACCACCACCUACCACCGCAGAUUUCUGUGAAUUUUUUCAAGCUUCCGGAACUGUUUUCGAGAAGGAUUUUUCAAAUCUAACGUUAUCAGAUCGAGAACAGAGAGAACUGUACGAAGCAGCAAAAAUCAUCCAGAAAGCCUAUCGCUCAUACAAGGGACGUCAACAGCAAGAGCAGGACAAAGAACGAGCAGCAGCUGUAGUAAUUCAGAACUAUUACAGAAGAUACAAGCAGUAUGCCUAUUAUAAACAGAUGACCCAUGCUGCAAUGGUCAUACAGAAUGGAUAUAGGUCAUAUUGUGAACACAAAAGGUUUAAGAAAAGCCAAGAGGCUGCAGUGUGCAUUCAAAAUUAUUACCGUAACUACAAGGAGCAGGGGGGGAGAAGUAGCAGAGAGGGGACCCCUGCCUCGGCGGGUCUCAAGCGAACCUAUUCACAACGUCGUCAACAUCAAGCAGCCCGGAAAAUUCAACAAUUCAUGAGGCAGUCCAAAAAUAAAUUACAGAGAGAACGAGCAGAAAAAGAGAGGCAGGGGGGCCAGUCAGUGGAUGCCCAUCAAAGGUUACAGUUUCCAGGGGGCUCUUCCAAUUGCAUAGGCCCAAAUAGCAGAUCAAAUAAUACCGGCUGCAAAGAAGAAUCAAGAAGAGGCAACGAUAAGAAGUGAUGGAAAAUAGGCACUUGUUUGAAUUGUACCCCAAUGUACUGAAAGGGUAUACUUUAAUUUCAGAUAAUGUAGUCUCUACUAGAAAGUAUUUAAUAUUUACUCCGAAAUAUUAUAAUAUCUUUACAAUGUCUAUUUUGGCUGUUAUUUGGUCAUUUUUAUGCAUUUAUACAAAAAUGCAAGGAUCGACAACAAAAGUGAGAUGAUUUUAGACGUUGUAUAACUUUUAUUAUUAUUCUGAUUGUAUGGAUUCAGAGCUGUGAUUGUAGUAAGGAAGACACUUUUUCAGAUUAUUUGUUGUUUUUUCAAAUUCUCGUUAGGCGCGAUCUAGGUUUAUUUGUUAAAGAUUCAGCCUGUUGAACUUUCAUCAGUUAGGACUGAUAGGGUAUUUUUCAAAACAGAUCUCUAAUAAAGGUGGUUUUGCGAAGUUUCUGUUUAACCCAGUUCACUUCUAAGUUCGACCGAGUUUUGGCGAAAAAGUGUUCUACCAGUCAAUAGAAUAAAGUUCUAGUCGUUAGUCUAAUUAUAUUAUCAAUUUGGUUAUAAAACUGAUAUAUUGUGUAAAACAAUAUUUACUUCGCUUAUUUUCUAUUCAUGUGAAAAUGAAUAAUUGUUAUAUAACUUGUUGAAUUUUUGUACUUAGAUUUUCUAUCGAAUUUCAUUUUCAACUAUUCACUAUUUUUCACUGCCACUAUGUAGUAUAGAAAUUUUCAAUUGUUUCGGUUGCUGAAAAAAUUGAAUAUAAAACAAUAGUUAUUCUCACCUACGGAAGCAAUACAAAAUAAUAGUUCUUGAUUUGAUGAUGUUUUUCACAAUAAAAUAUUGCAUGUUAUCAUAGUACUCAUUACGACAAAGCGAAAAUUCCUUCAUACUAAAAUCCAUAAAUGUCUACUAUUAGAACUUGAAUUUGAUUAUUUCAAUUUUAGUCAUUCAGAAUUUGAUAGUACUUAUUGAGAAUUGUGAUGGAAUCGGCUUAUAGACAAACCUCUAGAAGCUAUUAUAUAACAAAACAUGUAUUGUGUUUUUGUAAAACUGUUUAGUGAAAAAUUCAUAAUAAAGUGUUUCUUGUAUACUCAUAAGAACAUAUAUCCACAGAUUAUUAUUAUUGAAUUCAGAGUCCUUUGCUGAAGUUGAUAAAUGGCAAUAUUGAAUGAAAGUCAUGUUUAUAUAGUCGACACCAAUAUGCUUUUCCCAAUUGUUUUAUCCUGAGUGUACCAAACCUGAUUUUGCUAAGCAAAUAAUUUGAUGAAAUCUCGAGAUGUACGUCGUGAGAUUUUAUCUUGAAUUAUCAUAAAUGAACACAUUUGCAUAAAAUCAAAACCUUCAAAAUUAUGGAUUUCUAGCAAUUCAAUCAAUUGAGCGACGACAAGGGAUAACUGUUGAGAUUAUUCCCAGAAACAGCAAACGAUAAUUAUCAUCAAACUUGUACUUUAAGUGAAUAUAAUAUUUUCAUUUAUUUCUUAACAACUAUUAGACCUACUAAAUUCUAGUAAUCAGAGAUGAGAAGUAUGUAAAAUAACACCAAAGUAGUGAUCACUCUGAAAAACUAAAUAUGUUGUAGCUUUCCUUAUACACAACAUGGUUUCCUAUAGAAUCUCUUAAGUUUUGCUGUGCCAUCUUGUAGCAAUAGUCCUCUUGAAUUGUAAACAGCUUUUCUUUUUCUCAUGUGAAUUGCUUCGUUCUUCGUUCAAUGAAAGUCAGAGGAAAUUUGAAUUAUAUCCGAACUGGUAUUUUUUUAAAACAGUUCGAUGAUUCUGCCUUUUUUCGUAUUUCUUCUCAAGCAGUCAUUUUAUAUAAAUCUGUACUAUAUAGAAGAAGGUACAGAGAUUCUAUAAGUUCACACCACUAAAGCUCAAGAUUCAUUGGAGAUCAUCCUUAUCUCAAUGUUUACUUCUCGUUGGCCACCAAUCAUUUUCAAAAUUUGUUUUGACAGUUUCAAUCCUAUCAAUCAUCAAUUUCUGAUAUAUUCCCGAUGUUCAUUCUCGAAUAAUUUGGAUGGUCUUGAUGUUUCACAAUUAAAAAAUUUACUACAAGAAUAAAGUAUGGUAUGUUUUGUGUGUUUUAUCUUGGAGUAUUUUCAUUUUAAGGAACGUUCUAAUUCCUUUCACCGUAUCUAUCGCCAAUUCGUUCAACAUUCUCAGAAAUACUCGUAUAUGGUGUACUCAAAACGUUAGUUGUGAAAAGUAUCGAGUUUAAUUGAUAAAUCUCGAGUUGGUGUUUGUGAAGUUACCUUGCUAUCAUUUCUUUGUGUGAUACAGUCCAUUUCUCAUACCUUUUCUAAUACUUAUAUAACGGUUUGAUGUCUGAAGGAGGUAUCCAUUAGUUCUUCCCAGAAGCCGUGAUCCCAUUAAAUCCAACAUCAAGAAAAUGAAACUGAAUAUUUUGUUCAACCUCCAUUGUGUUUUACUGUUUGCUGGUGUUAGUGUAAGUGAUUUAACAGCAAAAACAUCAUCAACGUUUGCACACCACACCUUUGCCCUGUUCCUAUAGGUUUCGAUGAAAUAUUUUCUAACUGUUCCAUAGAAAAUCAUUGACUAGGAGAUAUACCAAAAAAAGGUAACAAAGAUCUAUGUAUAUUAUAGAAAGAAACUAUUUUGUUGGUUUGAGGUGCAUAACUGACAAAUAACGAAAAUAUUUUUUAAAGAAAACACUUUUUCAAAAUGGUUUCUGUUAGAAGGGGCAUUGGGUACUUCUGCUGCUCAAGUUCAAGUUCAAAUCCUAUAGUAGUGUUAGCUCGAAAGAAAGUUGGCUAAUAUACUGUUUGUGAUGUUUCAGUAUAUUGAUGAAGGAAUUUUCACUUCGUUAACGUGUUGCCUGCCUUAGCGUUGAAACAAAUAUCAAUACGUUGACGCCAAAGUGAGUUUUGUACCUGGGUCGAAAAUUUAAGCCUUCAGGCCACAGUGCGCAGAGAUACUUUAUGAGUGCCGUAAUGAAUUUCAUCGUCAUUUUUAAAUAUUCCUUAUUUUUACUUAAAUAUUUGCGAAAAGAUGUCUUGGUCACAUAGACCAAUAUGGCUUAUUUCAAUACUCGACAUAGUACUGCGCCAACGCCGUCACUAUUUUGGCCAGAAUUUAUGAGCAGUUACUCAGAUAUGAACCCUCAUUGAAAGUUAUGAUAUUUAUUUACAGAGUAAGUUUGUGAAGUAUUAUGUUUGAGAUUAAAAUAGUUAGUAGAUUCAAAUAGUGAAUGUAUAAAUUGAUCUGUACAAACUGGACUGUUGCAAUCCUCCAUUUUGGCCAGAUCGAUCAAUCUGUAUUGGCAGAUUGGGUAAUUGGCAUGUAGGACAUGAUAAAUAUUCUCAGUCGUAUUGAUCAAUGUGGCACCCCGGUCAAAAGGAAGUUUUCGGUCAAAUUGACGUUUCUAGCAAAUAGUCAGUCAACAUGUUGAAAAUAAAUCUCAUUUAUAAUUAGGAAUUCAAAACUAGUUUGGAAUUAUUCCAAUACAUAAGGGUCUGGAUAGAUUCAUAAUGUUUUCUCCUAGUUAUUUUUGGUUUCUGUUUUUUAUUGUGAAGAACUCUCAACCUCCUAGAGCUUGAUCUUUCAAAAAACUUAAAGUUCGCUCAUACAUAUCAUUAUAGAAUAAUACGUAAUAUAGUAAACUAUUAUUCUCAACAUAUUUACCUGCUGUACAAUGAUGGAAAAUCCUGGAGUGUAUAUAUUUUAUUUGUAUUUCAUAGAAUGAGUAAAGGAAUUUGUUGGUGCUCAAUAAUAAAGUGUAUUCCAAUGCACAAAUUAUAAGUUUUGUUUACAGUAUUUUGUCAAUUAUCAAGAGGGAAGGUUUGGUUUCACAAAACAUGUAAAAACAAGUACCUGCAGGCAGGAUUAUUUCAUAUAAAUAAGUUAUGAGAAUUCCCUCCUUUGUAUAUAGCUGUUGUUUGUUUUUUGAAAUUUUAUUCUUUAAAACUAAAUAAAUAUAAUUCCUCUAUAUGAAAUGAAGUACUUAAGUAUUAUGUAAAUUUAAUGUUGAUAUUUACAAAUGAAGGCUUACAACUUUUAAUCUUGACUGCAUCACUAGAAAAAUAUAUAAAGUAGUUCUGCAGUACGGAGUUCAUCUAGAGAGUUUAGAGCAAAACAUAUUUUCAAAAUAUUUUUUAAUCAAAUAUAUUGUCCAGCAUGAAUGAAUCGAAUAGAAAAGACUACUUAGUAUUCAAAAUAUAACUACAUCUUUUUCUUACUGGUGUUAAGUAUAAUGAAAUGUAUUAUUUCCUUAUCUAGCUAAUGAAAAGAUUAAUCUCAUGACUGAUAACCAACACAUAAUCAAGUUACGGUUCUUGCAUCUUCGGUAUCCUGAUUCCUUAAACCAAAUGGUCGUGACGAUUCUCUACUUGACAUUAUUUGUUUUUUUUUCAGUAUUGUACAGUAAUAAUAUUCAUAUUUUUAUAUUUUAUCAAUUUGUUCUUCAAGGAAAAGAUUCCACGUGAAAAUGUGACUUACUAUUAAUGCUUUUUUCAUUCCAAAAUAGUUGAAGAAUAUAUAUUAGAUGAAGAAAUGCUUCGUAUGCCAACUUGACUCUGAAGGAACUUAUUACUGAUUGGAUAUAACUUCUUCACCAUCCUUCAGCUAUUUUUUCUCUCAAAACUAUUGGUAUUGUUCAAAAAGUUAUGGUAAAGAUGCUCUUCUGAGAAAAUACUCAUUCAAACCCUCGCAAUUCUGUUAUAAUUUUCAUAUUCUUAGAAUUCAUAUUCUUAUCAUUCCUGAUAACUUUGUGAUACCAUCAGCCAGAAAUCGCAACAGGAUAUGGAUACAGUUGCGAUACCUCAUAUGGUGCAAGUAUUAAAGAAUUAAAUUUUCAGUGUUGAGCUACAUCAUUUCACACACUGUCCUGUGUAAAAUUAUCCUCGUGUUUUUAUGUGGUCGUUUUUUCCUGAAAUGGAACAACUUCAUGAUUGAACCAGAUUCAUUUACUGUUAUUUUUUUAUUCAUUUCUUACUUUGCCACCAAACUGGGGUAACGACUAUUGUAUGUAGAGAAUAUAUUUCUUUUUCUCAGGUGUCAUCAAAUGCAGACACUUGUUGCUUGACCAAGUUGUGAUCUAGACAUUCGGCAAGCUCUCUUACGGCAACUGUUCGCCGUUUUACCAAAAACGAUGAUGGUAUCUGUAUACUUUUUCUACUUUUUUCGAAUGAUUUAUACCACUUUCAAAGGUCAUUUGGUUAAUAACCACGUAACAUUGUGGUUAUUUGAUUGGAACCUCUGGGGUAAACUGAUCUAUUGAAAACGAUUUUCCAACACCAGAUGUCUCUUAAUGCACGUUUUACUAACCAAGUUAGCAUCACUAGUUAGCAUCUUCUGCUGAUGAUGCUUAAUUUAUUGAAGAGAUUGUAUUUUUGUUCUGGUGUGGAAAAAGUGUUUUCAAUAGACUGUCGUUAUUUAUUCAAAGGGUUUCACUAAACAUUUUACGGUACAACCUAUUUUCUCUAAAUUUCAAUAAUAGCUUGGCAAUAAAACUAAUCGUCAUAAUAAUGCAUCAAGACAGCAGAAGUUCUGAUUUGCUAUAUUUCAUUAUACAACCUCCAGUAAGUUGUUAAACUGUUUCUUAGGAAUGAUGAAAAUAUUAUAUUUGAGUCUUCUGAAAUCGAAAUACAAUCAAAAAUCAACAAUCCUUAGUAGUAAAAAUAUGUAGUAGUAUGUCUGAAACAUUCACUGGAUGAAAGUCUGAAAGAGUGUAAAUAAACGUUCAGUGAAAAAUGGAGAAAGCUUUGAAUUUUUCAAUAAAAGUUUGAAAAGGUUACAACAACACCAAUAUAUAUCGAAAAUAUGUAAAUUUGUAUUUUAACAAAACUGAUAUCUAUAGGAAUAAAGUUUUAUUGAACCAUAUAUUCAAAUUAAAUUUUAUAUCUAUGAGACAUUACAUUACCUAAAGUGUAUUUAAAUAUACUGUAGUAAAAAUUUAUUUUAGUCAAAAUAUUUAUUUCUUGAAUAUUCAGUAUAUAAGCUUUGAAAAAAACUUAUACAAUAACAGUAAAAAAAGUAGUAUUUAUAAGGUAGAUAAUUUUCGACUAUUUAAUAGAUAGGAAGGUACUGAUUAUUUUUCAUAUACUGGUUGUAUUUUUUUACGAUCUCAAAAUAUUGCUACCUUGACCUAGGCUACGUUUUGCUUCUCUGAAUUGGCUAAAGUUCAAAUAUUUAGAUGUGUAUAUACCUACUCAAAAACAUUCAUAUUCUACUUUCUAUACUGUAACUGUGUUAUUUUAGGAACCCUACAAUAUUUUUUUCAUCUAAUGAUAUGAUCUGUCUCCCAGUAGUUAUUGUCAAAUGUUUUUAUUCAUGUACAAUCUGAACAAUUUCAAAAUGGUGAUACUUUUUUUUGGGGUAUCAUCGGCAUCGACUCCAUUGGUCAUUAGCCUCGUGUCCUGGGUAGACAAUGUUAAUUACUUCCUGAGUCACCUAGGUAGCAUCAUGGCUAUUCGCAGUCCGUCAGCCAUGUAAGGUUGCAGAAUCAUCUCAGCUUCAACUAGAUAAAUUCUCUCGAGAAAAAUAUCUGGUCGAGGUUGAGAUCAAACUCUGGUCGUAAGUCAGGCGCACUAGCACUGCGCCAAUUUACCGCCAAAAAGGUGUUUUUUCCGACAUCAAGUUCAUUUGCUAAUUUUCAGCUUUUUGAAACAUUACUGGAAAGUAUGAAAUUCAAACAGUACAUAGCCUUUGUCCAAUUUAGCGCAUUGUGUACAUAGUAGCAAUAUUUGUACAUCUCUGAAAAAUAGGGUAUUUUCCAUAUUAUAUAUACAUAUACACAAAAUAAUCAGUACUUAUUUAGAUUGUAGCUGCACAGUACCUACAUAUAUCUAUAUUUACUUGUUCAUGAUAAUUCAUUAGAAGUUCAAAUUAUUGUUAUAUACACACACUUCCAAACACAUGUAUAGCUGAACAUGUCCACUGUAUUUUUCACAAUAGUUCUGCUGUUCUGCACUCAAAGAAACAUGUUCUCUGUAUUUGUUAUACAUUUCUGGUACUAACAGAAGAUAUAAUACAAUUCCAGAAAUUUUACUCAGAAAUCUGUCAAAUAUUGAACAAUCAUGUAUUUUAAAACAUUCAUUUUUUCUGCUGAUCUGAAAUUAUGUUUUGUUGAAUAUUUAAAAAAAUCCUACCUUUAAUUUAAUUGAUCUACUAAUACCAAUCUACUUUGGAAAAAUUCCAAAUAAUUGUGGAAAUACACAACAAGUUGAUGAAAUGUUGAAAACCAAAUAUUUGUGUAGAUGGUUAUUAUAAUUUUUCUGUCAACUCUAGAAAAUGUUAACGAAAAACUAAAGCACUAUGAAGAUUAUCACUUGUGAAUUAUCAUGUGAGAAACAAUAUCAUAUAAUCUGUUAGUGUGUCUUUAUGAUACUUUCGCUGUACUUAAUGAUAAUUCAAUUAUUAAGACAGAUACGUACUUCUUUUCUCAUUGUGAAGUAGACAUUAUUCAUUCUCCUCCAAAAAUAUUUUUCAUAUUUUUUUCAAGAAUGGGUUUUGCCUUCUCAAGCAAUUUGUAUUGACUCGUGUCAUUCCACUGAAAAGUUUAGCUUAUUUUGAUAUAAAAUCUUACCUUUCUUGUUUACUUUAUAUUAAAAUUGUUACAUGUCGUUUUAUAAUGUUUUUUUAGAAUGCCCAUAUGAGUGCAGAUGUUAACUAUUGGUACAUAAUAUAAUUGUGACUAAUAAACUCUUCCUAAAUUGAA